AUGAACAACAUGGCAGCGCCGAUGGGCGGCACGUGGCACCUGGAGCAGAAUCCAGACGAAAGACAGAAAGUCAUUCUGAUCGUUAUGCAAACGCUCAGGGAUUUACAAGGCGCUAACUACAACGAGGCCGGAGCCUCCAAACUGGCCCAUGAGUUCGAGAAGUACGUUUUCCUGAAGGCCGCUUCUAGGGACGAGUAUCUCACGGCCAUCAAGCAGAAGGUCCACCAGAUGAGAGGCUCCUUGCGCAAUCUGGGCCAGCAGCCCCAGAGCCAGCUCCCGAAUCAGACGAAUCAGGGCAACCAGGCCAUCAACAGACAGGCUUUCCAGGCUAGACAGCAGCAGGCCAAACAGGCUCAAGCUCAACAGGCCCAGCAGGCCCAGCAGGCUCAACAGGCCCAGCAAGCUCAGCAGGCCCAGAUGGGCAUGGGCAUGAACAACGACAUGAACUUUUUCCCUCAGAACCAGAUGAUGAGGAACGGCAUGAUGAACCAGGGCAUGUCCCGGCCAAGCUCCCAGAUGGGGAUGCAGAACAACAGCGUGGGUUCCCAGGCCUCGGCGACGAACACCGGAUCUGCUGCCUCCUCGGCCCGGCUUCGGCUCCUUCUGGGAACAACGCUACAGCACCAUGAUCAAAAACGUACCCAUCCCACCUCCUCUCCUCAACAAGAUCCCCAACUUGCCCCGAACGUCAACACCUGGGCACGGAUUUUCGAGCUUGCUCAGAACAAGGCGAUUCCGCCUGCCAGUGUGCCUGCGAUCAAGGAGAUUCACAACGCCCAUCUUCUGAUAGUCAUGCAGCAGCACCAGCACAGACUUGCUCAGCGCCGUGUGAGCUCUAACGGCGGGCAGAACGCCGACCAGAACAUCAACAGCAUGAACAACAUGAAUGGCAUGAACAACAGACAGUCCCAGGGCCAGAUGAACAUGCAAAACCAACGCAUGCAGCAACAGCAGCAACAGCAGCCAGCGUUCAAGAACAACAAACCUCAAGGUGGCCAGAACAUGCAGCUCAAUAUGGGAAUGCAAAGGCCUCAGUCUCAGCAGAACCAGCAGCAGCAGAACCAGCAGAGUUCUAUGAUGAAGCAGCAAAACCAGCAGCAGCAGCAACAACAACUGCAGCAGCAAAACCAGCAGGUUCAGAGUAACAACAACUUGGGCAUGGCCAACCAGGCUGGUGGUCAGCAGCAGGCUGCUCCCAUGAAGAUGCCCAAUUUUCAGAUCACCCCUCAGGACAUGAUGGACUACCAGGCUGAUGCGCUUGCCUACUUGAGCAGGGCUCAACAAGAAGGCAAGAUUCCCCCCAAUUUGGACAACGCUGGCAAGCAAAACUUCAUCCGCAAGUUCAUCUACCAUCUGAAGGCUAAUGCGUUCAAGAACGAACAGGCAAAGGCAAACAAGGCUGCUGGUCAAAUGAAUAUGGCUCCGCAACAUCCACAGCGCACCCCUCAGCAGCUGCUGAUGCAAAUGGGCAACGUGAACCAGGGCGGGUUCCCUCAGCAGCAGUACCAGCAACAACAGCAGCUCAAUCAGAACCAGCAGCAACAACCUCCUCAGUCUCAGCAGCAGCCAAUGGGAGGAAUGCAGCAGGGUAUGGGUCAACCUCAGCAGUCUCCUAUGAUGGGUAACAUGCAACAGCCAAACGCUUCGCAAAUGAUGAACCAGGGUGCUAACCAGACGAUGUUCUCUCCUGUAAUGCAGCAGAAGGCGCCAAUGCAGGGAUCUCAGGCCAACAUGGGUAACAUGGCAGGACAGCAGAACCAGGCUAGAAGGCCAAUGGGUGUUCCUCCCAUCACUGACGAGAUGAAGAUGAAGUUGAAAUCUCUUUUUGAUGAGGUAGCACGCAGUGACAACCACAAUCUCAGCAAUCAUUCGAAUACCUUAACUGACUCUGACAAGUUCCGUUUCAAGGAGCUCAUGACGAAGAUAAGCCAGCAGUAUGGUACUGUUGACCAUGUCCUCACAUACUACUACGUUUUACACCGAGACCUCAAUGGAACCAAGAAGCUAAUACAGAUGAAGUUCAUGACCAAGAAUAUCAUCGAAGGUUUCCAGAAGGGUCUCUACCUUGCUCGUCCAGAAUUGCUUGAGAAGGUGGUCCAGUACUUCCAGAGAUACUUUGAUUCGGUCAAGAAAGAGCUUGCAGCUCGCAGGCAGCAGCAGCAACAGCAGCAACCUCAAAAGUUGGACCAGACAACUAAUCAGAUGUCUCCUGCUCAGCAGCGCCCUGCUAUGAACCAACCAGCAGCUCAAGUUCCGAAUCAGCGUCCUCUCUCUGCCAUGCAACCUAUGCAACAGGGUGACCAACGUUUCAUGCCUCAAAAUGUGCCUCAAAGCGCCCAUCAAAACUUUGGUCCUCCAGGUAUGGGUCAAAUGCCUAUGGGUCAGAACAUGAGUCCUCAACAGCAGCAUCAGCAGCCACCUCAGCAGCCACCUCAGCAGCCAGUUCCUCAAGCGCAGCAGCAGAUGGCUAAUCAAAGAGUCCCGCAACAACAGACGCAACAGCAGUUUGCACGUAAUGCCACUUAUGGCCAAAUCGCUCAGGGCCAGCCAGACUGGCUGAAGGCUGUUAAUGCUCAGCAGAGAGGUGCCAAUAUCUCUCCUAUGCCUGUUGCGCAGAACACUUCGCCGCAGAUGCAAACACAAACGGCUCCUAAGGCGGCUGCAAAACCUGCAAAGAAGACUAGCACUAGUGGCGCCGCUGGAAGAAGAAAAUCCACAAAAGCUGCCGGUACAAUGCCUACUCCAGGAAACUCAGCACCAACGCCAGCUACAUUGGCUAAUGCCAUCAAGACCCCUAAUAGCAUGCCAACGCCUCAAGUCAUUCAAAGCAACAGCAAUAAGGGCACGCCGACUGAUGUCUCUCCUCAUAGUGAUAACAAGGGCAACAACGUGAUGGGUAAGGAGCCAAAUGUUGGAGAUGUAUUUGGUGGAAACCAAGUCGACUCCAAGUUGGAUUCUAGAAGGGAGCUCUCGAAGACAAACCCCGAGCAGUUCUUCUUCGCCGCAUUGUCUAAUCUUCUCGAAACGGACAAGGCUGAAGGUACAAACGGUACUAAGGCUGCUAAUACGGACAACACUAAGUCUCCUCUUUCUCCCAACUCGGUCGAGUGGACCUGCAAUGUGAAGCCUGAGGCUAUCACCUCUGCUUUUCGCCAAGUUGAUUUUAUUAAAGAGCUUACCAACAUGGAAGUGUUGGAGGAGUGUGCCAAAUUGGUCGAGAGAGAUGCUAUCAAGAAGGAACAGGAAGCCUCAAAUUCCAAGAAACGAGAGCGUGAGGAGCCUGACGACAUUGAUAUGUUGUUUGACGACGCAGAUACUAAGAAAGUCAAGACGGAAGACUUUGACCGGUACAUGUACGAGCCGGUUGACUUUGAUGAUUGGAAGCAAUGGCUUACUGGGUUGCAGCAGACCAAGGUGUAA